AUAUUCGAAAAAUAGAUGCGGCGUGCUGCAGGAGCCAACUUUGAAUGGUUAUGGUAUUCGUUUGAGUAUUGAAUUUUCUCACUAAUUUUUGUUUGGAUCCCUAGAAUUUAAUUGAUAUCUAAGAAAUACAAGAAAAAAAAACUUUCAGCUAGAAAAAGUUAGAUGCAGUAAUUGAACGGCUAAGGUUACGAGAUUCUUUGAUCAAACUAACAGUUAUAAAAAAGAUACUGAGAUUAGGUCCACCAAAUUCGUGUUUUAGCCAAUUAAAUCUUCUUCCCUUUUUCUCUCCUCUCUUUAGGAAUCUAUCGUGGAAGCAACGCGUGUACUUCUCAGGUGUUUGCUGAAAUGGGUAAGAAAGGUGAAGAAAGAGAGAUGGGGAUGUUCUUUGAUGGGAUUAUAGAAUCCAUGCCUUUGUUUGUAAAGGAAUUGAUUGCUGGUGGUGUUGCUGGUGGGCUUGCAAAGACCGCCGUUGCUCCGCUUGAGCGUGUCAAGAUUUUGUUUCAGACAAGAAGAGCAGAAUUUCACAGCGUAGGCCUUUUUGGAUCAUUCAAAAAGAUUGCAAAAACCGAAGGAGUAAUGGGUUUUUACAGAGGGAAUGGUGCUAGUGUUGCUCGAAUAGUUCCCUAUGCCGCACUUCAUUACAUGACUUACGAACAGUACCGAAGAUGGAUCAUUGACAGUUUUCCCGGCAUUGGAAGAGGCCCUGUGCUUGAUCUUGUGGCUGGAUCAUUUGCUGGUGGAACUGCUGUGCUUUUUACUUAUCCUCUUGAUUUGGUUCGGACUAAGUUAGCUUAUCAGGUUGUUGGUCCACCGAAGAUUAAUGUGAAAGGUGUAGUUAAUACAGAACAAGUUUAUAAUGGCAUUCUUGAUUGUUUUUCAAAAACUUACAGAGGGUCAGGCCUCAGGGGUCUCUACCGUGGUGUCGCUCCAUCGCUUUAUGGAAUCUUCCCGUAUGCGGGUUUGAAGUUUUACUUCUACGAGGAGAUGAAACGCCAUGUCCCAGAUGAUCAGAAGAAAAAUAUAAUGGUGAAUCUGGUGUGUGGAUCAGUAGCUGGUUUGUUGGGACAAACUUUCACAUAUCCUCUUGAUGUUGUGAGGAGGCAAAUGCAGGUCCAAAGGCUCUUGGCAUCCAAUAGCCCUGAGUUGAAAGGAACAAUGGAAACACUCGUUAUGAUAGCUAAAAAUCAAGGCUGGAAGCAAUUAUUUUCAGGGCUGAGUAUCAACUACCUUAAGGUUGUACCAUCUGUUGCAAUUGGUUUUACAGUUUAUGACAUGAUGAAAUCAUACCUGAGAGUUCCAUCCCAUGAUGAAGCUGUGAUAGAAGUGGUAACAAAUAAAGGAAAUACCCAAACAUCAUCUCUCCACACUUAGGGAAAAAAAAAAGUAAUAUUCAUCACAUUUAUUCUUUAUAUUAGCUAGCAAGGAGCUUGGCUUCAACUUUAAAAUUCUUCAUGUUACAACUGAUUAAAUCAGGCCAUCUAACCUGUACAUUCCAUUGUUUUAAGCUCCGAAAAUAGGACAUCCAUAGGUUCCAUUCCCCACCUAAUAAAAUUUGUAAUAGGUGGAGCUAGCAUAUUCUUGGAGCAGUUUCUCCAUAGAAAAAUUAGAUUCAUAAACAAUGUACAUAAUUUUGGGUGUAAAUCAAUAAAGAAUUUUGACUGCUGCUCUCUAUCAACUUUUCAGAA